AACAAAAAAUGUUUCUUCACAGUGAAAAUGGAAAAAUCUGCACAGUCGGGGGGCAAAUCUAAAGACCCAACAACAUCUAAAAGUGAAAAGGGAGAGUUCAGCACCCCGACAAAGAAGAAAACAAAGAACCGAAGUGGUCAAGAGAAGAAGAAGGUGGCAGCUAAGAGUAAAGCAGAGGCAAGUAAAGAGUUGAAAUCCUUGGUUGAGGACGCUCACGUCGCCCUCUAUGACCUGCGGAGCCGCAACGCAGAGCAGGCUUUCAGCCAGGCUCUGGACCUGCUGGAGACUGUAACACCCAAGGAGCUCGGUCUUUCCACAUUGGAUGUGCUUCUGUUAUUGUUUGGACAAGUUUCAGCUUUGACAGAAAUUGGACAGCCAGAGGAACUCGCAGAAACGGAGAAACUUCUUGAAAAGAUGAACGGCUACGAGGAGCGGAUGUUUCAGUGUCUGGUUUGUUACGCUGCUGGUCGAGUAUUUCUCAGACAAAACAGGUUUGUGGUCGCUCUGCAGCAGUUUUCAGAUUCUUUACAAAUGGUGAAAAAUCAAAUAAUGCCAGGUAAACUCACCUGGCCUUUAACUAAAGAGAUCGUCAAAGAAACACAACCUGAAUACUUUAAGGAAAUUUUGGAGCAUUCUAUAGAGUUGUGUAAAUUUCCUCCUCCUCCUGAUGCCGUUUGUCGUCUUGAAAAAUGUCUUUGCCCUUUGAAACCUGAAAUCUACCUAACCGACCCAGAUUUUAAGGGUUACGUUCAGAUGUGUUGCUGUCAGAGCUGCAGGGUGGAGUUUCACAUCAACUGCUGGAAGAGUCUGAAGACCACACGUUUCUUAGAGAAGAGUGAAAAGGACAUCCUUCAUGAAAAAUGUUUGACUCCCGACUGCAUCGGUAAAAUCUGUAGUAUCAAAAUCUUUUGUCCAACGGGUUUGGUGAAAUGUAAGUUUGAAGCUGCCAUCAGUAAACCGCAAACAGCAAAAAAACCAAAAGUGACUCAGAAAUGUUCAAGUCUAAAUAAAUUAAAAUCAAAAGAGGAGCAGAAGUUGAAAAAGAAACAGUAUAAUAAGCCGUUAUUUCAAGAUAUACAGACCAUCGACGUGGAGAUUCUGCAGCAGAGCGAUGACUCUGGAUCACACAGUCAACAAAAAGCCUGGUUGGUGUACAGAGAUCCGGUUCUCCUGCAGAUCAACCAGAACAUGGACCUCCUGAAGGAGGAGAAGGGUCUCCACAUUUCUGUGCUYGUCGGCGGUCUGAAGCCCUGGUUGGAGCUGGACUUGUUGAGGCGGAACCAGAUCGCCGAGAGGCUGCUGAACUGGCAGCWGGAGCCACUGGAGGCUUUGGGUCAGGCUGUGGAGCUGCUGCUGGAAAGGAAGAACCGGGUUUGGGCUCGUGUUUUUAUCCAACAGCUCAGCAGCUGUGUGGAUAUUAACCCCAAACUGAGCAGCUGGGCCUCUCAGCUGAACGACACAGGUCUGAACGCCGCCCGGACCUUCAUCAAUCAGCACGCCGAACACCUGGAGCAGCAGGACCUGACUCUUCUGCUCCACUUUGAACCWCUGAAGGAGAUGAUUUUAGAAAAGCUCAGCGCCAUACCAGAAUUUUUUUCAAGCACUGGCUUGACUGUGACUGAAUACCUAAAGCAGGCUCCGACUCAGGACAUGAGGCUGUUUAUCUGGACUCUGGAGGAGUAUAGGGACAACUAUGUGUCUUGUCACGCCAUACUGGAUGAAUAUUUUGAUAUGAUGGAUGGACAUUGCUCGGUCUUAAAAAAGUCUGAUGAAAAUGAAAAUAAUUCUUUGAGGACUAAAAGUAGAGGCCGAAAAAGCAGGAAGCAGAAAGAGCAGAAGGAUGUAAUUGUUUUGUCUGGGAUGAGAGGAUUAUCGGCGAGAGAGGAGUGGGACCAAGGCAUUUUUGAAGAUGACUCUUUAUCGUUCCUUCACCCCGACCCGUUCAGCGUACCCAGUCACCUUCAGGAACAAGUGGCAGACUUUGAGAACCAGUACAGCUACACCAGAACUAGAACUCCCUUUAUGAACAUUUUGGACAACAACCCGGAUCCGACAGAAGAAAGUUUGUUUGAGAAAGACUGAACUCCAUCAGAGCCAGCAUGGGGGGGCGAUCCAGUCCAGCUAAGACCACCAGUGCAGCUCAGCUCUCCAGCCCACCCUUUGCCACCCAGUACCCGGUGUGGCAGUCAGUCGCACCCAAGAGGACUAAAAACCCACUGAACGUGGAGGACCCGUGUAUCAUCUGCCAUGAAGACAUGAGUCCAGAAGACACCUGCGUCCUCGAGUGUCGACACAGCUUCCAUGAAGAGUGCAUCAGGUCCUGGCUGAAGGAGCAGAGCACCUGUCCCACCUGCAGGAACUACGCCCUGCUGCCCGAGGACUUCCCCGCUCUGCUGGGCCGCAGACGCCAGGCCCCCUGAGGCUCCACUGCCAAAUUAAUCCUUUUUAUUUUUCUAUUUUAAAUUUUAACUUUUUGUUUUUUUUCUUUAAAACAUGCAGAGGCCUUCAGUUUGA